GAUACAUCGAUAGUGCCAUCUCUAUACAACUGCCAUCCACGCGACCGACGAAUUGAUUAAAACUUAAAGCAAUUUUAUUGUUAUUUACAAAAGUAAUUCAAACUAGUUAAUAGUCAUAAUGAGACAAUUAUAGUGUGAAAUUCUUUUUUUCUGCAAACCAACCGGAGAGAGAAAAGGAAAGCAAGAGCAAACCAAGGAAAGGACGUCAAUUACAAAUCGCCAGCCACCAAAAUGGAUUUGUCACAACCGCCACCGCAGCUGUUGACGGCGCCAUCAGCGCUGGCCACAAACUUCACAUCGAUGCCGCCGCCUUCGAUGGGCGGUCAACACUACAGGCAUUAUCAUCCGCAUCAUGGAGCGGGUAAACAGGGCUACAAUCACUUUAAGCCCUUCAUGCCGGGCGGCUUCCAACGGCCGUUUGGCAUGUCACAGGACGACUUCGAUGGCAAGCGAUUGCGCAAGAGCGUGAUGCGAAAAACCGUCGACUACAAUGCCUCCAUAAUCAAAGCACUUGAAGCACGACUCUGGCAACGCGAUUACCGGGAUCGUCUGGCCAUACAGCCGGACAGCAUUUAUGUGCCGCAGAUGUUGCCGCCCUCCAGCUUCCUGGAUAAUCCGGCGAAUGCGAUAACAACGCGUUUCGUCAAAACCGCCACCAAUAAAAUGCGAUGUCCGAUCUUCACGCUCGCCUGGACGCCAGAGGGCAGGCGUUUAGUCACUGGCGCCAGCUCUGGCGAGUUUACGCUGUGGAAUGGCCUCACAUUUAACUUUGAAACGAUUCUGCAGGCCCACGAUAUCUCGGUUCGCACGAUGGUGUGGUCACACAACGACAGCUGGAUGGUGACGGGCGAUCAUGGCGGCUAUGUGAAGUACUGGCAAUCGAACAUGAACAACGUGAAGAUGUAUCAGGCGCACAAGGAGGCGAUUAGGGGAAUAAGUUUCAGUCCGACGGACAGUAAAUUUGUCAGCGGUAGUGACGAUGGCACCUUACGCAUCUGGGACUUUAUGCGCUGCCAGGAGGAGCGAGUGUUGCGCGGUCAUGGUGCGGAUGUGAAAUGCGUGCAUUGGCAUCCCCAGAAAGCGAUGAUUGUCAGCGGGAGCAAGGACAACCAGCAGCCCAUCAAGAUCUGGGAUCCCAAGAGCGGCAUUGCGCUGGCCACGCUCCACGCCCACAAGUCGACUGUUAUGGAUCUCAAGUGGAAUGACAAUGGCAACUGGCUGGUUACGGCAUCCAGGGAUCAUCUGCUGAAGCUCUUCGACAUACGUAAUCUGAAGGAGGAGGUACAAGUCUUUCGUGGCCACAAAAAGGAAGCCAGCUCCGUCUCCUGGCAUCCCAUACACGAGGGUCUCUUCUGUUCUGGUGGCUCUGAUGGCUCCAUUCUCUUCUGGAACGUGGGUACGGAUAAGGAGAUUGGCUGUGUGGAGACGGCGCAUGACAGCAUUGUGUGGACACUCGCCUGGCAUCCGCUGGGUCACAUUCUCUGCUCCGGCUCCAACGAUCAUACGAUUAAGUUUUGGACACGCAAUCGACCCGGAGAUCUGAUGCGUGACAAAUACAAUCUGAAUACGCUUCCCGCCAGCUUAGCUGCGCUCGAUGAAUGUGAAUAUGAUGAUGCCGUCAUUCCCGGCAUGGGACCGGAGGACAAGGUGGAGUUCACAGAGAGUCUUACAGCCGACAAGGGCUUCAUUCCCGGCCUCGAUUUGGACCCGAACAGCAGGGCGGCCAGCGAUCGGGAUCGCGAGAAGAAGGUGCCCUACAGCAAGCCCAUUCCACGCAAUUUCCAGGUGCAAUGGGCGGGGCCGCGUCGCGCCGACGAUCCCAGUGUGCUCAGCAUACACGACGAGCUGGCGGCCCGUGAGUCGAAGGACUCGAGCAACGGCCUUACACAUCAGCAGAUCAGCGAGAACACAUUGGAGGGCAUUCUGGCCAGCGGGAUGCUUAACGGCCUUGAUCCCCAGACAAUUGUUGGCGUCUUUGCCUAUGGUCGCUUCAUUCGCGUGCAUCCCGAUUCGCGUCUAAUGGGCGCAAUACGUCAAGGUGCCGAGUACCUCAACAAGUACAUCGAUGCCGGCAAGCUGGAAGAGCUGCGCGAUGUGGUGCCCACACGGGAGCGGGAACGCGACCGAGAUCGGGAGCGAGAACGUUCGCGUUCGGUGUCACCGGCGGGAGACACGCCGCAGUCAAGGGGCGAGGUCUCACCACCGUUGAAGAAGUCUCGCUUUGAGCCGCGCCAGCACAAUGCGCAGUUGGUUUGUGUGCGUGAACUGCUGCUGCUGAAGAAACCGUUCCUGCCCUCGCUGCUGACAGUGAAGGCGCAACAGCCGAAGACCGAGUUCAUCGAUGAUCCCGCGAGCUAUGGCAGCGCUUCGCCCAUGGAUCAGGCGUCGCGUGAGGAUUCGAGUAGACCGAAUCCUUGGGCUUCCAAUGCGCCCUGGAGCAACAACUAUGGGAAUGGCAAUGGCAACAAUGGCGGGCCAUCCAAUCAAAAUGGUUAUGGCAACAAUGGCGGGGGCGGAGGCGGCGGUGAUAACUUCAAUGAUCGUGAUCAGCGUGACAAUUACCAAAAGAGCGGCAACAAUAACAACCGAGACAACAACGGAGGGCAACGUCGAAGACGUGGCAACAAUGGAAACUCGGGAGGCGGUGGUGGCGGAGGAGGAGGCGGCGGCGGCGGAGGUCGAAACCGUGGUCGCAAUAACAGACGCUUCUAAGUUUACCACACACACACACAUUCUGAACGCUCGUUUUGUAAACAUACAAAAGCAAAAAAAGAAUCAAAUACCUUUUUGGCAUCCUCCCACUCCAACUCUCCCUCCCUAUUUUAUGCUUAACACAAUUUAUAUUAUUAUUUUAGUAAUACGGCAAACACAACUGAUUGUAAAUUGUAUCUGCUCACAACAGGCGCUUAUCUAAUUAUAUGGUU